AUGCAAGGAACACUACUGGCGUUGAAGAAUGCCUUGCGCUACUUCCCGCCACACACUCACGAAGAAUUGCUGCCGGAGUUCGCUGCUGAACUGCGUGAUUUUGGACACAUCUACAUGUAUCGUUUUUUGCCAACGUUUCCUGUACGCGCCUACCCGGUGUCUCAGUUGCCGGCGCGCUGCCCUCAGGCCGCCGCCAUUAUGCUGAUGGUGCUGAACAACCUCGAUCCAGCGGUGGCGCAAUACCCCGAAGAACUCGUCACUUAUGGGGGCGGCGGUCAGGUCUUCUCCAAUUGGGCGCAGUUCUGGCUGACGAUGAGCUACCUUGCCGAAAUGGACGAGGAGCAGACGCUUGUGCUGUAUUCAGGCCACCCCAUGGGGCUGUUCCCAUCCAGUGCUGACGCCCCCCGCGCCGUCAUCACCAACGGCAUGGUGGUGCCCCAUUACAGCAGCGCCAACGAGUACGACGAUAUGUUCGCCCUGGGAGUCACCAUGUACGGCCAGAUGACGGCAGGAUCCUUCUGUUACAUUGGUCCUCAGGGUAUCGUUCAUGGGACGACGAUCACGCUGCUGGGCGCCGGGCGGCGCUACCUGGGCUCGGGCGACCUGGCGGGGCGCGUGUUCGUGACGUCGGGGCUGGGCGGCAUGAGCGGCGCGCAGGCCAAGGCGGCCGAGCUGGUGCACGAGUCGCUGCGCCGCCAGGCCGCCGCCGUGAACGCCCUGGCCGCCGCCGGGAUGCGCUUCUGGGACUACGGCAACGCCUUCCUGCUGCAGGCGUCGCGCGCGGGGGCGGACGUGCUGGCCGAGGGCAGCCCGGCGGCCGCCGACGCCCAGCGCCCGCCCGAGUUCAGAUACCCGUCCUACGUGCAGGACGUCAUGGGCGACGUGUUCUCGCUGGGCUUCGGCCCGUUCCGCUGGGUGUGCACGUCGGGGCUGGCGGCCGACCUGGAGGCCACGGACCGGCUGGCGGAGCGCACCCUGCAGGCGAUCGCCGACUCGGGGGAGCUGUCGGCGGACGCCAAGGCGCAGUAACGCCGGACAACCUUGCGCUGGGUGCGCGAGGCGGGCGGCCACGCGCUGGUGGUGGGAAGUCCCUAGGGCGCGCAAAUCCUGCUACUCGGACGACGCAGGCCGCCGCGCGCUCGCGCUCGCCUUCAACGCCCGUCGCCGACGAACGCUCAAGG